AUGGAGACCACCCGAGCGCACGGUAAGCGCAAAAGAGAUUAUUCUGACGACGAAAACGACGACGAGGGAGAUCUGCUAGCAUUUCUGGAUGACCAGUAUCACCACGAGCAAAAGUAUGUAGCUGUCGCCGCUGACAGUGUCAAUUGCUUGGGUCCUUGCGGUGAAAUCUCUUUGAAGCAUCCUUUACACAGUGGACCUAAACCGUCACUAGAAUUGGUGCAGCAGAACUCAAAACAUGAAAGCAAUACUACGAUGGAUAACUUCGAUGCUCUCUUACUCCAACAGAAGAUCGAACGAAAGCGCGAGCAAGAUCGGCUACGUCAACGGCGAUUUCGUGAAAAAACGGCAUCUCUGCAGAUGGGCAACCCGUUGUACCAGCAUGAUAACGAAAGUGAGUGUGAGUUGAUUCCCGGUGAACAGCAAGAGUUGCGAGCUUGUUCCCCAGACGAAACGAUCACUGAGCAGAGCUUUGCGUUUAAUCAUGAACUAACUCCCACUCAGCGUGUAGAAUGUUUGAGUCGACUUCGAAAGGCGUUGGGACCCGACGGGCUAGAUGAAUGUGUCUGUACUGUGUGUGACAGACUUGAAAUUCGGAAUGAUACAAUUCCGGUCAUGAGUGAGAAUGAAGAGGCGAAUGUGAUUGAGCGGCGCAUUGGGCUAGCUGAUACAUGCACGCCAUUAUUAGCACACGAGCUGCCUCCAGCACCGAUCAGUGGAGAGCAGCAGUUUGAAGUGCGCCGAUCUGAUUAA